AACUCAAAAGAAGAAUUCAUCGAGCGCUGUGCUUGAACAAGAAGAGGAAAUCUGCUGGAAGAAAAAAGAGGACAAUUGAAUUGAAUUGAGUCGAAUCGAAGAACCGCAAGCAAGGUUCAAUAUUUGUUUAUUAUUGGCAAGGAAAGGAAAGGAAAGGAAAGGAAAAGAAGAAGAAUCAUCAUCAAUCAUCAACCAUCAAUCUGUCAUAGCAUAUCAUAUCAUGCAUUGCGCUGUUGCAGCACUGUCAAGCCCCGCCGGAGCCAUGACCAAAUUGCCGCCGAUAUUCUGCAUGCCAGUUGCUUCUCCGCCGCGAUUGGCUCUCGCGCAUAUCGGAGGAGGACGAGAGAACAAGAAGAAGAAGGAGGAGGAGGAGCUCCGACCUGCCAAACUGGCGAUGAAGAGGAAGCGGCCCACGAGGAUCGAUAUUCCGGCGACCACCACCUUAGGCUGCAACCGAGCGGGGGUUUGGGAUUUCGAGAGAUCGUCGAGCGACUUGGUGGCUGAGGUCGAGGUCGAAGGCGAAGGGCAUUCGGUGUAUGCCAAGCGAGGGAAAAGGAGAAACGCCAUUGAAGAUCGAUACGCCGUCGGUUUGGCCCCUUCCCAAUCCCAAGGCCAAGAGGAGGAUUCUGCUUCUGCUUCCAAAUCCAAUCCUACUGAUAAACAGAGUUUCUUCGGUGUAUUCGACGGCCAUGGCGGCGCCGGAGCUGCCGAAUUUGCCGCAAACAACUUGGAGAAGAACAUCCGGAUCGAACUAUCAUCCAAGGGAUUAGGAGGAGUCGGUGUCGGUGUCGGUGUCGAAGAGGCAGUCAAGAAGGGGUACCUCACCACCGAUUCUGAGAUCCUCAAAAACGACAUUACAGGGGGAGCUUGUUGCGUCACAGCAUUAAUUCACAAAGGAGAUCUCCUCGUCUCCAACGCCGGAGACUGCCGCGCCGUCAUGUCUCGCGGAGGCGCCGCCGAGGCCCUCACCGUCGACCACCGCCCUUCGCGCGUCGACGAAAGGCAGAGGAUCGAAGCUCUGGGAGGAUACGUCGAUUCUUGUAGUGGCGGCGUGUGGCGCGUCCACGGAUCCCUUGCCGUGUCGAGAGCCCUCGGCGACAGCCAUCUCAAAAAAUGGGUGAUUGCGGAGCCGGAGACGAGACUGAUCAAGAUCACUCCCGAUUGCGAGUUCCUUAUCCUCGCCUCCGACGGGCUGUGGGAUAAGGUCCGUAAUCAAGAAGCUGUCGACAUUGUCCGAUCAUCGACCAAAACAUUGGCAGCCUGCAAGAAACUCGUGGAUUUGUCCCUAACAAGAGGCUCAAGAGAUGACAUUAGUGUCAUGAUCAUUCACUUAACUCAGUUCUUGGAGUGAUGGAUGGAAAGAUGGAUUCUGAUUAACACAAACAUUCUUGCAUGAAUGCAAACAUGUGCAAGAAGACUGUGUUCUUGCAUAUGAACACGAUGAUGACAAAUGAUGCAGGGAUGGAGACAUGAGAUUCUGGCAGCAAAACGGUGUCGUUUACACUAGCAACAGCCAACAGGUGCAGAAAAGAAAAUCCGUGGAGGAGGAGAAAAUUGAGGCAAAAGCCAGCCGAGUUUGAAAACGUGUUUACAGACAGAUUAUGGUGGGGAGAUGAGAUAUUUUCUUGUGGGGUGGGGUAGGGUAGGGUAGGGUCCACAGCGUGGACUGAGGCUGUUCAAUUUUAAAGGUGAAAGCGUGUUUUAGGGGUAAUUGAUUUCGUGAUACUUACAAGCGCGCUAUCCUUUUACCAUGUAAAUAUGAACUUUUUGGUAGGGAAGCUGACUGAGGUAUUCGAAUUUGUGGUUUAGAUUUUACCAAAUUCGGAAUAAUUUACAAAUUCAAAUUUUUGUUUGUAUAAAUUUAAAUCAAAUUGUAUUGCUCGAAAUUCAAAAUCCAAAUUAAUAUUAUAUUAUAAAGUUGAUACAUUCUAAACUA